GGGGGCAGGUGCGCAGGUAGAGCAAGCUGCGGCGUCCAGUGGCAGCGACGGCGGCAGUGCAGGGUGUGCCGCGGCGCUGGUCGCCGGCGCUGCCCCCCCGCCUGCAGCUGCAGCUGCGGGCGGACUGCAGGGGGCGGCGACAGGUCCAGCCGAGGCGAGCACGGAGGCGGCGGAGGCGAGCGGGGAGGCGGAUGCAAGCGCGGCGGAGGCGACAGUGGAGGCGAGCGCGGAGGCGGGUGCACCCCUCCCGGCAGCUGCCGCCCACCCAGCGGUCAACGCGGCGCACAACGCGCAACGCGUGACGCCCCUGCACCUGGCUGCGGCGGCGGGGGUGGUGGCGGCGGGGGGGGAGCAGGGGGGAGGAGGGGAGGCGGGUGUGCAGGCGGCGGUGGCGGCGCUGCUGGCUGCGGGGGCGGACUGGCGCGCAGUGGACAGCGGGGGCAACACGGCGCUGCAUGUGGCGGCAUCCAGGGGCAAUCUGGCCGCAUUGCGCGCGCUGCUAGCGGCGGCCGCAGCAGGUGCGGGUGCGGCUGACGUGGCGGUCGCGGUGAACGGUCGGGGCCUC